ACUCAUCAGAAGAUCACAAAGAAUACCUGCCGCAACACUGAGAGCAAUUCACGGCUAUUUGGGAGGAUUAUGCUAUUAUAGCUGACAACUUGAGCUUCCUCAGAGUACGACGGCUACAAGGCAAAGUCAGUCCUGCUCCACUUAAACCCAGCAGGAACCAUGGAUGACCCCUAUCACAACAACCUGAACCAGCAGGUUACAGAAGGUGGAGAAUACACCUACACCCAGGAUGUAGGAGGUCAAGAUGGCUACCCUUACCAGACGGACUACCCUCCACAGGACGAGGAUGCUCGUAGCGAUGCCACCGAGGGCGCAGAUGAUGAUGAGCAGAUGUAUGAGGGGGAGUACCAAGGCAUCCCCCACCCCGACGAGAUCAAGGAGGCACGGCGGGCAGCUCGGUUGGAGGCCAGGAGGAAAGCCCGUCAGGCUGCCCAGCAGGAAGAGGAGGAGGAAAACCUGCCAGAGCAGUACGAAGCCAUCAUGGAGGACUGCGGCCAUGGACGCUUCCAGUGGAUGCUGUUCUUCGUGCUGGGCCUGGCACUAAUGGCUGACGGAGUGGACGGCUUCGUGGUGGGCUUCGUUCUGCCCAGUGCUGAGAAGGACAUGUGCAUAUCCAACUCUGACAAAGGACUGCUCGGUCUGCUGGUGUAUGUGUCCAUGAUGGUGGGGGCGUUGGUGUGGGGGGGUCUGUGUGAUAAGAUGGGGAGGAGGAAGUGUCUGAUAUACGUCCUGACCAUCGACCUGGUCUUCUCCUUCCUGUCCUGCUUCGCUCAGGGCUAUGGCUUCUUCCUCUUCUUCAGGUUCUGCUCCGGCUUUGGAAUUGGCGGCUCCAUCCCGAUAGUGUACACCUACUUCACAGAGUUCCUUCAGAUGGAUAAACGUGGAGAACAUCUUAGCUGGCUCUGCAUGUUCUGGAUGCUGGGAGGCCUGUACGCCUCCUUCACCGCCUGGGGAAUCAUCCCUCACUAUGGCUGGGGCUUCGCCAUUGGUACAGAGUUCCAGAUCCACAGUUGGAGAAUAUUCAUUCUGGUGUGUCUCUUCCCUGCACUGGCUGCACUUGUCGGAAUCAUCUUCAUGCCGGAGAGCCCUCGUUUCCUCCUGGAGAGUGCCCGGCAUGAUGAGGCGUGGAUGGUCCUGCGACGAGUUCACGACACCAACUGGAAGGCCAAGGGGGAGCCAGAGAGAGUCUUCACUGCGACCAACAUUAAGACACCACAAACUCAGGAGGACGAGUUCAUAGAGAUCCAGAGUGACACGGGAACUGCCUUCCAGCGCUGGACCGUCAGACACAUGACCAUGCUGCAACAGGUGAUGGCAAACAUCAUGUCACUAUCAGCCCCAGAGCUCAGACUGCAAGGCCUCUUCCUGGUUAUUGUCUGGUUCUGCUUGGCCUUCAGCUACCACGGGCUGGGAGUGUGGUUUCCUGAUAUGAUCAAAUACAUGCAGUAUGAGGAGUACGAGUCCAAAGUUAAAGUGUUCCACCGGGAACGGGUCGAACAUUUCCACUUCAACUUCUCUCUGGUCAACCAGAUCCACCGCGAGGGAGAGUACAUCCAUGACAAGUUUGCAAACAUUGAGAUUAAGUCUGUGAAGUUUGAGGAUUCUCUGUUUGAAAACUGCUACUUUGAGGAUGUCAGGUCAACCAGCACCUUCUUUGAGAAUUGCACCAUCAAAAACACUGUCUUCUAUAACACAGACCUCUGGCAGGAAAAGUUCAAAGACUGUCAGAUGGAGAACACCACUUUCCUCCACCCAAAAAAAGGCUGCCAUCUGAACUUUGAGGUGGAGAACGACAUCGUCAUCUACAUGGUCAGCUUCCUGGGCAGUUUGGCUGUGUUGCCUGGCAACAUCAUCUCAGCAUUGUUCAUGGACAAGAUAGGACGAAUCAGAAUAAUAGGUGGUUCUAUGUUGGUGUCGUCUGCCUGUACUUUCCUCUUGCUGCUAAGUUUCAGUCAAGGAGCUGUAAUAUGUUGGCAGUGUCUCUUCUAUGGCACCAGCGUGGCGGCCUGGAACGGAUUACAGGUCAUUUCUGUGGAACUUUACCCCUCCUCUAAAAGAGGGACAGCGUUUGGUAUCCUGAAUGGGAUCUGUAAGUUUGCUGCCAUCCUUGCCUGCUCCAUAUUUGCAGCCUUUAUUGGCAUCACUAAGAUCAUCCCCAUCUUCCUGGCCUUCGCCGCCCUCGUCUGCGGAGGUCUGGUAGCUCUCAAGCUGCCUGAAACCCGGGAGAAAAUCCUCACUUGAAAAGCCAAACUCCUGCAGCCUCCAGGCCUCAACCACUGUAUAUCUAUGGGGAAAAGCUUUUUGGAAGUGUAUCAGCUUAAACUGAAUUGGAAAGACAAGUAAGAAAGACCAGCUAGCUGUGUUAUUAUGAGUUAUGAUUAAACAUUUUGAAAUCCUGUCUGGUUGCCUAUGUAAACCUGGGGUUGCUUUUUAAUUCCCUGUGUAAGCUCCUCAGACUGCCCAGCAUUUCUGUGACAUCAUAUAAAAGUUGCGUUUGUCAUUUCCUUUGUA